CUGACCUGACCUGAGUUUCUUCUAUAUAUAGAAUAUGUAUGUAUAUAUAACCAGACCAUUUGAUUCGGUUUCUUAAUUAUUUUCAACCUGUGGCAGCCAUGGAAGGAGUUUUGUUGGCUGUUGCCGCUUCCCUAGCUGUCUUCGCCCUAACCAUUGCGUACUACAUCUCCUUCCGUCGCUCCUCCUGCAGGGCUAAUCUGCCUCCGGGAAGCUUCGGCUGGCCCAUCAUCGGCGAGUCCAUCGAAUUCUUGUUUGGGAAGCCCGAAAAGUUUGUGGGCGACAGGAUGAGGAAAUACUCGCCGGAAAUCUUCAAGACGAAAAUCUUCGGGGAGAAAACCGCCGUUCUCUGUGGCCCUAAAGGCAAUAAAUUCAUCUUCACCAAUGAGCAAAAGUACUUCACCUCAUUCCGCCCCCACUCCAUGCAGCACCUCUUCCGAUCCUACAAGACCAAGGCCGCGGCGCAGGCGCAGGCGGAGGCGGAGGCCCAGGCCCAGCGGCAAAGCUCCGACGAGAGCAAGAUGAUCCGUCAGCCCGGGUUCCUAAAGCCCGAGGCCCUCAUGCGGUACCUGCGAAAGAUGGACUCCAUCUCGCGGCAGCAGCUGGCAAUCCAUUGGUCGGGGAAAGAAAUCGUGCAAGUUUAUCCCAUGGCCAAGACCCUAACGCUGACCCUGGCCAGCCAUUUUUUCCUGGGAGUUAACAACCCGGAGAGAAUAGCCCGAUUGGUGAAGUACUUCGAUGAUAUCACGGUGGGCAUGCAUUCCAUCAUGCUCAACAUUCCUGGAACAGUAUUCUACCGGGCCAACAAGGCGGCUGCGUUCAUCAGAAAGGAGCUUGUGGAUGUGAUCCAGGAGAAGAAGCAGGCCAUGGCCGAUCAUGGAUCCCCGCCAAUGCGCGAUAUCUUAUCUCACCUCAUUGCAAUGGCUAUGACUACGACAACGACAGGCCCCGCUGCUGCUGCUGCUGAUUACGAAACAGCUGACAAGAUCAUGGGUUUGCUCACUGCUGGCUACAGCACCGUGGCGACCACCAUUACAUUCUUGAUGAAAUACGUGGGCUUGCACCCAGAAAUAUACGAAAAGGUGCGAGCAGAACAGAUGGAGGUGGCACUGGCGGCGUCGAAGAAAGGUGAAGGUGAAGUGCUGCUGGAAUGGGAGGACAUGAACAGAAUGAAGUACUCGUGGAAUGUGGUCUGCGAAACGAUGAGAAUGGUCCCUCCUCUCCAGGGAAUGAUGAGAGAAGUUUCGACGGAGUUCAGCUUCGGGGGGCACACGGUUCCCAAAGGGUGGAAGGUCUACUGGACUGUGAGCACCACCAACAAGAACCCCGACUACUUCAAGGACCCCGAAAGGUUCAACCCAUCCAGGUACGAUGAGGAUGGUGAGGCGCCGCCGCCGUACACCAACGUCCCCUUCGGAGGGGGCCCCAGGAUGUGCCCCGGAAAAGAGUAUGCCCGCCUCGCCAUUCUCGCGUUUCUCCACAAUGCUGUCAGGAGAUAUAAAUGGCAAGUCCUCGAUCCCCACGAGAAGGUUGAUGGCGACAUGAUGCCCGCGCCUCAAAACGGAUUGCCCAUCCGCUUAAUUAAUUACUAAUUAAUUAUGUGAUGCAUCAUCAUCAUCAUAUCCAUCCGUCAACAUAGAAUAUAUAAUAAAUUCAGUUUCUGUAGUUUGUUCAUGUGGCCAGAUUACAUAGUUGAUUAAUUAAUGCCCAGCCCAGCCCGACAAUAUUGGAGGGGUGUACUAGUUUCGUGGCUGAAUAAAAAUUGCUGCUUUUAUUGUUCGAUCGUGCUGUAGUUGUACGUACAAUCAUGCACACACACACAUGUUAUUAACUCUUGUGCAG